CCGUGACAGGGCGGAAGUGUUCAAGUUGUGAUUGAGUUAGCUUCUUUUAGGAAUCAUUUCUGCUUUUUCGAAGUCCACCAAUCAACAUCUACGCCGCUGUCAUGUUAGAUUAGCCUCUUUGAGACUUUUACGGUAAGCUUCAAGAGGAUGUGUUGUCGUUUAAAGCCUCACUUUGACAUGUAAACAGUGCUUCAUGUGCUAGCUCGUUAACAACAACACCAACGAUGGACGAGGAAGACAAUUUAACAGGCAGCUAUGGCGGCGUGGGCUCGUUCCCCAAAAGCUUUGACUACGGAGGAGAGGAGGGGGAGAUGGAGGAGGACAGCGCGUCGGCCGACAAGCCGCGGAUCCUGCUGAUGGGUCUGAGACGGAGUGGGAAGUCCUCCAUCCAGAAGGUUGUUUUCCACAAGAUGUCCCCGAAUGAGACUCUGUUCCUGGAGAGCACCAACAAAAUCUACAAGGACGACAUCUCGGGCAGCUCCUUCAUCAACUUCCAGAUCUGGGACUUCCCGGGCCAAGUGGACUUCUUCGACCCCACGUUCGACAGCGAGAUGAUCUUCAAGGGAGCCGGGGCGCUCAUCUUCGUCAUCGACGCUCAGGACGACUACAUGGAGGCUCUGGUGCGGCUGCAUCUCACCGUGUGCCGAGCGCACAAGGUCAACCCGGACAUCAACUUCGAGGUGUUCAUCCACAAAGUGGACGGCCUGUCGGACGACCACAAGAUCGAGGCGCAGCGGGACAUCCACCAGCGGGCCAACGACGACCUGGCCGACGCCGGGCUGGAGCGGGUCCACCUCAGCUUCUACCUGACCAGCAUCUACGACCACUCCAUCUUCGAGGCCUUCAGCAAAGUGGUCCAGAAGCUGAUCCCUCAGCUGCCGACGCUGGAGAACCUGCUCAACAUCUUCAUCUCUCACUCGGGCAUCGAGAAGGCCUUCCUGUUCGACGUGCUCAGCAAGAUCUACGUGGCGACGGACAGCUCGCCCGUCGACAUGCAGUCCUACGAGCUCUGCUGCGACAUGAUCGACGUGGUCAUCGACGUCUCCUCCAUCUACGGGCUGGUGGAGGACGGCGCCGGCGGCUGCGCCUACGAUAAAGAGUCGGUGGCCAUCAUCAAGCUGAACAACAGCACGGUGCUCUACCUGAAGGAGGUCACCAGGUUCCUGGCCCUGGUCUGCAUCCUGCGGGAGGAGAGCUUCGAGAGGAAAGGUCUGAUAGAAUACAACUUCCACUGCUUCCGGAAAGCCAUCCACGAGGUGUUCGAGGUCGGCGGCUCCACGGACGGCCGCGGCGGCGCCGGCCGCUCGGCCGCCAGGAGGAACCCGGCCGGCUUGAACUUCACGGCGCUGAACGGAAACGGCGUUUAGCAGAGCGGCUGCGAGUCCGAGCCGGACGGAGCAGAUCGGACCGAGACAGACUCAACUGUGUGUGUGAUGAACGCACAGCACUUCAUCUCUCUCUCUCUCUCUCUCACACACACACACACACACACACACACACACACACUCAAGCGCACACGCUGGAGCCGUCCUCAGACGUCUAACGGACCCUGAACUGGGACGUUCCGGUCCCGAUCGGAGAAACAAACCAAAGAGUUUCCGCUGCGGACCGUCGGCCAUGUUUACUCCUCCAGCCUCUUCAGCUCAAAACCACUCCUGGUCCAGAACCUGGAUCAGAGAUCCGUCAUUCCAGUGGACCGAACCCAGCAUCUGCUCGGGUUCUUCAACUGUAUGCCAACAAAUGAAAUCUAUUUUAUUGUAAUUUAGGAAAAAAAAGAAAAAAUAGCCCAGGAUUAAUAAAACAUGUUUUCUAUUCCAUUUUUUUAGAAGAGCAGCAAUUCCACAAUGUGACCAACAGGUGGUGACAAAUAUCCGUGUAUCGACCUGUGGAAAGCUUGAACUUUGUUAAAGCGAUUUAAAUAA